GGUGAUGAUGACCGGCGCUGAGAACUUCACCAUUUUCAUCAAGAACAGUAUUCGAUUCCCAAGUUUCAACUUUUCAAAGGGUAACCUGCUGCCCAGUAUCACCCAGGAUUACAUUGAAUCAUGUUCCUUUCACCCUGUGCAUCAUCUGUUCUGUCCCAUCUUCCGCCUGAGUGAGAUUGUCUCUGCUGCCGGUCAGGAUUUCCGCGCACUCACACUCAAGGGUGGUGUGUUAGGGAUCAGGAUUGAGUGGAAAUGUAACCUGGACUGGGCUGCAGACAGCUGUGUUCCGCGUUACAGCUUCCAACGCUUGGACAAAGUGUCUCAGACCAACAGAGUCUCCCAGGGAUAUAAUUUCAGAUAUGCCCGAUUCCAUCGGAAUAACAAUGGGUCGGAAUAUCGGACUUUACUGAAAGCUUAUGGCAUCUGCAUUGACAUCAUGGUUUUCGGACAGGCCUCGAAGUUUGACAUUAUCCCGACUUUGAUAAACCUGGUGGCAGCCUUCACCUCCAUCGGCCUGGGAGCUGUGGUCUGUGACCUCAUUUUACUCAACUUCAUAAAAGGUGCCGACAAAUACAAGGCCAGGAAAUUUGAAGAGGUAGGUGGCAAAUCAACAAUGGAGAUAGUGAUGACAGGCAGCACUGCACA